AGUUGCUGGUUCUACUUUGAUCACAAGAAGAGAAAAUACAAAGGAAAACCCAGACCGAGCUUUGGGGGUGGAGCUUGUUUUCGUUGCGUCUCCUCUCAGUUUCCGUAUCUGAUAUUCCCAUCAAGGAAUGGAGAGCGAUUCAGAAAUGGUGCCAUUUCCCUUGCUGACGACUCCCAUCGAAUCAAACUACGGGGCAUGCACCAUUCCCUACAGAUUCCCGUCCGAUGAUCCUCGAAAGGCAACCCCUACUGAAAUUGCCUGGAUCGACCUCUUCCGCAAUUCCAUCUCCUCCUUCAAGAAGAGAGCUGAAAGUGAUACUACCGUGGCUGAUGCUCCAGCUAGAGCUGAGAAAUUUGCUCAAAGGUAUGCUGAUAUACUUGACGACAUCAAGAAAGAUCCCGAAAGCCAUGGUGGACCUCCUGAUUGUAUUCUUCUCUGCCGACUUCGUGAACAGGUUCUUAGAGAAUUGGGGUUUAGAGACAUAUUCAAGAAAGUGAAAGAUGAAGAGAAUGCCAAAGCUAUUUCACUAUUUCCAGAGGUAGUUCGUCUUAAUGAUAAUAUUGAAGAUGGAGAGAAGCGCCUGGAGAAUCUAGUUAGAGGAAUAUUUGCUGGAAACAUAUUUGAUCUUGGUUCUGCACAGCUUGCUGAGGUUUUCUCAAGGGAUGGAAUGUCCUUCUUAGCUACUUGUCAAAAUCUUGUUCCUCGUCCUUGGGUUAUUGAUGACUUCGACACAUUUAAAGCAAAAUGGAGCACGAAAUCUUGGAAAAAGGCAGUUAUUUUUGUCGAUAACUCUGGCGCAGAUGUGAUCUUGGGUAUUUUGCCAUUUGCGAGAGAGUUGCUAAAACGUGGGACCCAGGUUGUCUUGGCAGCUAAUGACUUACCUUCCAUCAAUGAUAUAACUUAUCCCGAAUUGGUUGAAAUUAUAUCGAAGUUGAAGGAUGAAAGUGGUAGCCUUAUUGGUGUUGAUGCUAAAAAUCUUUUGAUUGCCAAUUCUGGUAAUGAUUUGCCGGUUAUUGAUCUUACGAGAGUAUCACAGGAGCUCGCCUACCUGUCAAGUGACGCAGACCUAGUUAUUUUGGAAGGCAUGGGUCGUGGAAUAGAGACUAAUCUUUAUGCUCAGUUCAAGUGUGAUUCAGUCAAGAUUGGAAUGGUAAAACAUCUCGAAGUCGCCCAGUUUCUUGGCGGACGGCUGUACGAUUGCGUGUUCAAAUACAAUGAAGAUGUAGGAUCUUGAUUGCAUUUGAAGUUUGGUAAUCAUUCAAUUCAAAAAAACUUGGGGUUUGAACAGCCAGAUGCUCCCAACCACUUAAAUAAUGAUGUGAAAACAAUUUACAUGCGCUUCAUUUUUACUCUGCAUAUGCAUGUAAUGCAAACUUAGAUUGAGGGUUGACCUACCAUCAUAUCUAUAUUUUUUAUUAUAUGAUUAAACUUGAAUACAUUGAAUAUAACAAUCAGG